CAAGUAUUCCCGCUACGGGCCGAGUCCUGGGUUGAUACCCGAUGGGGGUUAGGCGCGCCCUUAUCUGCUUGUUAUUAGUUAUCAGUCCAAAGGAGGGACAAAUCAUUAUUCGAGGGAUUCCUCCAAAAACAUUUGUAGCGAAUAUGAAAAGACAGACAGAACCAACCUCAAAUGAUCAAAUCAAGCAACCAGUCUUGCCCAUGUGGAUUCCGUAAUCCGUCGUCACUAGUGGAGUCUCCCGGCAAACAGGAAACAGCAUGGGAGAUCCCGUGCAAUGGCGAAACACUGAUACUUCAGGCCACUUCAGGCCCCAAGCCAGCCAAUUAGCGACCGCGGGGUUGCUGGUGUCGUACCUGCAGGUGUCCCCCCAAGAGCAGGGUUUUUCGUUUUUUCACUCACCGCAGUCGGCGUACACCAGAAGAGGGGACCCCAUUCCACAUCUCCAGUCGGUGACUCAAGCAGAGACGCCCCCCCCCGAAUUGAUACAUAAAUUGAGAAAUACUACAGACCCUGUGUUGUGCUGUGCUCUGUCUUACUGCAUACUUUUUUUUUUGAACUUCUGUUGCUUCACGUCUUUCCUCUUCAAGACUUUGACUUUGAGAUACCCCUCCACUUACACUUACACUCAUACCACAUUCACGAUGGCUCCCACGGUGCUUCACCUCCGCAGUGAGACCAAGCCCCUCGAGCACAGAUCUGCCCUCACCCCCACAACCACCGCCGCCCUCAUCAAGGCCGGCUACGUCGUCAACGUCGAGCGUUCCCCAGAGAGAAUCUUUGACGACAGCGAGUUCGAGGCCGUCGGCGCCACCCUCGUUCCCGAGGGCAGCUGGGAGGAGGUCCCCAAGGAGCACAUCAUUGUUGGUCUCAAGGAGCUCGAGGAGAAGGAGUUCCCCCUCAAGCACGUCCACGUCCAAUUCGCCCACUGCUACAAGCACCAAGCCGGCUGGGAAAAUGUCCUCGCCAGGUUCCCCCGAGGAGGCGGCACCCUCCUCGACCUCGAAUUCCUCGUCGACGAACGCGGCCGCCGCGUAGCAGCCUUUGGCUUCCACGCCGGAUUCGCCGGCGCCGCGCUCGCCCUCGAAGUCUGGGCCCACCAACUCACCCACCCCCCCUCCUCCCCCUUCCCCGGCGUAGCCUCCUACCCCAACGAAGACGCCCUGAUCACCAACGUCAAGAAGGCCCUCGCCACCGGCACCGCCGCCGCCGGCCGUUCCCCCCGCGUCAUCGUUAUCGGCGCCUUGGGUAGGUGCGGUUCCGGCGCUGUUGACGCCCUCCGCAAGGCUGGUGUCCCAGAGGAGAACAUCCUCAAGUGGGAUAUGGCCGAAACCGCCAAGGGUGGUCCUUUCAAGGAAAUCACCGACUCCGACAUCUUCGUAAACUGCAUCUACCUCACCUCCAAAAUCCCAAACUUUGUCAACCUCGACUCCCUCCAGGUCCCCGACAGAAAACUCUCCGUCGUCUGCGACGUCUCAGCCGACACCACCUCCCCCUUUACCCCAGUGCCGAUCUACACCGUCGCGACUACAUUCGACAAGCCCACCGUUCCCGUCGAGGGCCUCUCUUCUGGACCUGCGCUUUCGGUGAUUUCUAUUGACCACCUCCCUUCUCUUUUGCCAAGGGAGGCGUCUGAGGCUUUUAGCCGCAAGUUCCCCCCACCCUCCUUAACACCACAUGGGUGAUGCUGACAAAACAAAAAUAGAUGACCUCUUGCCCUCGCUGCUCACCCUCAACGACUGGCAAAACUCGCCUGUGUGGGCUAGGGCCAAGAAGCUGUUUGACGAAAAGGUUGCCACGUUGCCUGCGAGCGCGUUGGAGAAGUAGACAGAGAAAAAAAUCAUAGAUGAGAUAGAGGCAAAAAAGCGGAACAGAAUAGAUGAUGAGCCAAAUUGGGAUGAUGCACAUCACAAUGAGAUAGACAAAAAAGUUAUGAUUUGGUGGAAGGAUCAAAUGAACAUCGGGCCCGG